AUGAGCCCGGAGGACGAAGGUGCUCGGGUAGGGCCUCCGGGAAGGGUGCGGAUCCGUGUGGAGGAGCAGUGCUUCUCGGUGGAGAAGGCGUUGCUGGUGGAGAGCAGCGAGUACUUCCGUGCCCUGUUCCGCUCGGGCAUGAGGGAGAGCACGCAGGAGGAGAUCAGGCUGGGCGGGCUGAGCGCUGCUGGAUUCCUGGCCAUGCUGCGCGUGCUGGCGGGCGAGCGGCCCGUGCUGGGCGGUGAGGAGACCUUCCGGGCGGUGGAGUGCGCGGCCUUCCUGCAGGUGAAGCCCUUGGCCAAGUACCUCAUCCACUCCAUCGACUCCGACAACUGCCUCCUGCUGUACCACACCGCCGCCGUGUUCGGCCUCCUGGACCUCUUCCAUUGUGCUGCGCUCUACAUCCGGGACAGCUACGCCGAGCUGGAGGAGCACCUGGGCUGCCUGCCCGCCGACCUGCUGGCCUACGUGCAGGCCCUGCUUCCCAGCACCUUCGUGGCGGUGGGAGCCCACACGCCCACCUUUGAGUUCCUGGAGGAUCUCUCCAGGACCAUCUGCUACCUGGACGAGGAGAGCAACACAUGGAGGACGCUCUCCUGCCUGCCGCUGAGCGCCAGCACGUUCCUAGCCGGCAUGGCGACCAUGGACAACAAGAUUUACAUUGUGGGCGGCGUCUAUGGGGCCAGCAAGCAGGUGGUGGAGAGCAGCUUCUGCUACGACGCCGACAGCGACGCCUGGAGCGAGUUCCCCAGCCCACACCAGCUGCGCUACGACGUCCGGCUGGUGGGCCACGAGGGCUGCCUUUAUGCUAUCGGCGGGGAGUACGAGAAGAUCUCGCUCAAGUCUGUGGAGAGAUACGACGUGGCCUCCAACACUUGGACAUUCAUCUCCGAUCUGCCGCAGCCGAGCUCGGCUGCACCCUGCGCCCAGGCCAUGGGGCAGAUCUUCGUCUGCUUGUGGAAGCCAUUGGACACCACCGUCAUCUAUGAGUAUGAGAGCCAGCAGGACGCGUGGCUUCCCGUCACCGAGCUCAAGCGGCACCAGAGCUACGGGCACUGCAUGGUGGCCCACCGCGACAACCUCUACGUCAUGCGCAACGGCCCCGGAGACGACUUCCUGCGCUGCGUCAUCGACUGCUUCAACCUGAGGUCACGGCAGUGGACGGCUCUGCCCGGGCAGUUCAUGAACAGCAAAGGAGCUCUCUUCACCGCCACCAUCAAGGGUGACACGGUGUACACUGUCAACAAGAUGCUGACGCAGCUCUACUCGGUGGAGGAGGAGGCCUGGAGGGUCAAGAAGGAGCGGGCGGGCUUCCCGCGCAGCGGCUCCCUGCAGACCUUCCUGCUGCGGCUGCCCCGGCGCAAUCACGACAUCGCCACGUAG